CCUAAACUACUUAACCGUUUCCAGCAGAUUCAAAUUCUUCCCAUUCUUGCGGAGUCACCUCGACAACAACAAACCUCAAACCUAACCUUCAAAAAAUUGACACUUGUAAUUUCCCACCUUGCUCGAAACCGACCCUUUUCUUUUAAAAAUCCGUUAAAAGAAGUGAAAUAAAAUCUCAAAAAUGGAAGAAAUGGACGUAGGGGAUGUGGCGACUCCCGGAGAAGACGAGGAACGCGAAAAUGCGAAGUUAAAGAACUUAAAAAUCGAUAAAAAAGGCGACGUAGAAGACGAAAACCAGAUGAUCGACGACGAGGAAAAAGUGAGCGAGGAUGAAGACAGCGAACCCGAGGGCAGUGAAAAGGACGAGGAGGACCUCGACGAUGACGAUGAGGAUGAUGUCGACGAAGCCGAGGUUAAAAUCUUCGAGGCAAGGCUCGUUCAAAAUCCCUACGAAUAUGACAGCCACGUUUCUCUUAUUAGCAAAUUCCAAAAAAUGGGAGAAUUGGAGAGAUUACGAGCUGCGAGGGAAAAUAUGAGUUCCAAGUAUCCCCUCAGUCCCGAAUUGUGGAAAUCCUGGAUCCAAGAUGAGAUUAAACUGGCUAUUACAGAAGAUGAGAAAAACGCCGUUGUUGCACUUUGCGAAAGGGCCGUCAAGGAUUAUUUGUCGGUAGAACUUUGGUUGGAAUAUCUACAAUUUAGCAUCGGAAACAUGGGCAGUGAAAAAGACGCGGCAAAAAAUGUUCGACAAUUGUUUGAACGAGCAUUAACUGCAGCAAGUGGACAUAUCACGAAAGGGGCGAUUAUCUGGGAAGCAUUUAGAGAGUUUGAGAACGUACUUGUUUCAAUGGUCGACCCGUCGAAGCCAGGUGAGCGAAAAGAGCAGAUCGACCGGGUCGGCAAGCUCUUCACUCGUCAGUUGAAAGUGCCGCUCCUCGAUAUGGAAAAAACCUUCGAGGAGUACGAGGCCUGGCGUUCUGGAGAGGGCGCCGAAGCAACAAUUGACCAGGAAAACCUGAUCUCCAGCUACGAGACCGCUUACAAAAAACUCAAUGACCGUUUGCCGUUCGAAGAGAAGCUCGUUUCCGCCCAAAACGAGAGCGAGUUGAUCGAUUCCUACAAUGCUUAUUUGAUGUACGAGAGAAAGUAUGUCGGGGAUCCGGGUCGAAUCACUGUUCUCUAUGAACGAGCCCUCGCCGAACUCAGUCUUCAAGCCACGCUCUGGCUCGAUUAUGUGACUUAUCUCGAGUCCGAGCUGAAAAUCGAGGAACUCUUGGACCCAGUUUUCAAGCGAGCAGUGCGAAAUGUGCCCUGGUGCUCGCGCAUUUGGGAGAAGCGCAUCCGGGCUUACGAGAGGUGGAAGAAGCCCGUUUUGGAAGUGCAGCAUGUGUUUGAAGAAGCUCUCCAAGCCGGAUUCAAUACCGCGGAUGAGUACCGAAAUCUCUGGGUUUUGUAUUUGGAAUUUUUGCGACGACGGAUCGAUCUUGUGGAUGACGAGGAUGAGAGGGACAAGCAGCUGGAGACGCUGAGAAAUACGUUUAAUCGAGCCUGCGAAUAUUUGGCGAAGACUUACGGUUUGGAGGGCGAUCCGAAUUGUGUGAUUUUGCAAUUCUGGGCGAGAACGGAGGCUAUUCAUGCGAAGGACAUGGAAAAGGCGCGAGAACUUUGGACGGAUAUUCUCUCGCAAGGACAUAAUGCGAAGGCAGCCAGUUGGUUGGAAUACAUCAGUUUGGAAAGGUGUUACGGAACCACAAAACACCUGAGAAAACUCUACCCAAAGGCUCUUUUGGUCGUGAAGGAUUGGCCGGAAAGUAUUGCCAAUGCCUGGCUAGAUUUUGAACGAGACGAGGGAACACUGGAACAGAUGGAAAUUUGCGAAGCCAAAGUAAAAGAGAGACUCGCAAAAGUUAAUGACGAGCGUCAAAAGUCGCAGGGUUUCUCAAAUCCUGUUGACGUUUUUGCCCAGUCGAGGAAAAUGGGAAAGAGGAAAGCCGAAGAAACCGGCAAGAUGAGAAAGGGCCUCGGAAUAUCGCCAAAAAAAAUUUUACGAACGAUUUUGAGCGAGAAACCAAAACAGAAGUUGAGGGAAAGUGUUUUGAAGCUUGAUAAAAAGGAGAAAAUGGAAGAGGGAGCUUCCGAAAUUGAAACGCCUCCUGGUUUCAAGGAAGACGAGAGAAUGGAGGAGGAUUUGACCCCGGAGGUCGAUGACAAGAUUUCGAUUUUUAUUAGUAAUUUGGAUUAUACGGCUACGGAGGAAGAAGUGAGGGAGGCCCUUGCACCUGCGGGACCAAUCACGUUGUUUAAAAUGGUUCGAGAUGCUAAAGGACGCAGCAAAGGAUUUUGUUACGUUCAGCUUUCGAGUUCGGAAGCAGUUGAAGCUGCUUUGAAGCUCGACAGAACAAAAAUUAAUGGCAGGCCCAUGUUUGUUUCUCGCUGCGAUCCGAACAAAAGUACGAGAGGACACGCUUUUAAAUACAAAUGCGGUCUAGAGAAAAAUAAACUCUACGUUAAAGGACUCCCACCCUCGAUAACUAAAGAGGAACUGGAGGGAAUUUUCCAGCCUUACGGGAAAGUAACAGACAUCCGAAUUCCCGUUUAUCGCAACGGACACGCGAAAGGAAUGGCCUAUGUCGAUUUCGAGGACGAGGCCAGUGCCUCAAAAGCCCUUAUCGCCACUGACGGUAUGGAAAUUAAGGAUAAGCCAAUCAGCGUGAUGAUAAGUAAUCCCAAAGAGCGCAAAAAAGAAUCUUCUAAAGACGAUCAAAGGAUAAAGUCACUCGGAGGACAUCCGGGCACCAAAUCCUUUUCUCAGCCGAGAUCCGCUCUUUCUAUGGUUCCAACAACCGUACUAUUAAAUUCGGCUAGUAACGUUAACAACAGUUCAAAACCGACUGAGGAAAUCAAGCCUAAAACCAACAAAGACUUUAAAGAAAUGUUUAUCAAAAAAUAAGUCUUUUAGUUUUUUUCUUCUUAUUCUAGAAUCUGGAAUCAAAAUCUUUUUUUGUUUUGUUUUUUUACUAUCUUUUUUUUUGUUUUGCACCAUUACAUUUUUUUAAAGGUAUAAACUUACCUUCCAGUAUUAGUUGUAACUGUUAUAUAUGUAUAAUAAAUAUAUAUAUAUAUAGAAAAAUUCCCGGAGAAUUAGGAACCAUACUCAAAUUACGCCACGGAUUAUAGGCGCUCUCUAAGACUCCAUUUCCUACUUGUAAUAAACGG